AUGUCCACAAACGCCAUCGUCACCGCCAUGACCACCGCGUUCGGCGCGACGACGCCGAGUCAACAACAGAUCGACGUCGCCAAGUUUACCCCGGCGGCGGAUGGAUUGAUCGCCCUGAACGCGCACCUCGCGUCUCGCUCGACGAUCUCCGGACACGCGCUCACGAGUGAAGACGCGUCUGUGUACGUGGCGUGCGUUGAGGCGCUGAACGCGUCGAGCGAGGCCUUGACGCACGCGCGGAGAUGGGCGGCGUUCGUGAGCGCGCGCGGAGCCGCAAAGUUGAGCGGCGGCGUCGAGGCGCGGGCGUUGACGCACGCGAAUGCGCCGACGUUCGAGCGCGCGCCGGCGAAGGAAACGAAUGAGAAGGACAGCAAGACGAGCACGAGCGAGGGUGGGAAGAAGAAGGAGAAGAAGGAAAAGAAGGAGAAGGGCGGCGACGGCGGAGGGAAGGCCGAUACGCCGUCAAGCAAGCGCAUGGACGUGUCCGUUCUUGACAUUCGCGUCGGCGUGAUCACCAAGGCUUGGGAGCACCCAGAGGCAGAAAAGUUGUGGUGUGAGAACAUCGAUCUCGGGGAGAAGGGCGUGCGGCAAAUUUGCAGCGGUCUGCGUGCGUUCAAGACCCACGAACAAAUGGAGGGUGCUCGGGUGUGCGUCAUCGUCAACGUCAAGCCCGGUAAGCUUCGAAACGUGGCGUCUGACGGCUUGGUGCUGUGCACCUCAAACGAAGAUCACACUGAGGUCGAUUUCGUCGUCCCUCCUGAGGGUGCCGCCAUCGGUGAACGAGUCAUGUUUGCCGGUUUUGAAGGCGAACCGGAGGAAGUCUUGAACCCAAAGAAGAAGCAACUCGAUGCGGUUUCGCCAGAUCUCAAGACUAACGCCGAAGGGGUCGCGUGCUACAAGGACAUCCCUUUCACCACGUCUGCGGGCGUGUGCACGAGUCCGCUGAAGGACUGCUUCAUCAAAUAG